AUGAAAACUUUCGAGAAAGUAAAUGUGUAUGGGAAGAGACAUGUAAUAGUCAUCACCAAGAAUGGCCCGCAUCGACUCCACGGGCCUCCUAUUCGGGUUCCUAGGCUGAAACACAACGCUCAUGUUCACAAGAGCCCUAACCCUAUCGGGCCGGAGCAAGCAAAAGUACCAGGCGACGACGGCUCCCCAGUCGUGGCCCACCAGGAAAACCCGGUCCAGGCCCAGGGCAUCCAGCAAGCCCACCAGGUCGCCGACGAUGUGGAAGGCGGUGUAGCUGGAGGACCGCGGCGGCGCGUCGGAGUCGCCGUAGCCGCGGAGGUCGGGGGCGACGGCGCAGUAGCCCCUGGAGGAUAG